AGUGUAUUGGACAACAUGGCCAAACUAUCGGGUUUUACGCAAUAGUGUAAGUUUCUUCUUCUUUGCUUAACACCUAAAUAUCCAUAUCGUCAAAUAUUUGACCGGACUAUCCAUUGGAAUUUCAUGUAUUCAAGCCGCUGGUUGAUUAUAGUUUGUAUCUUGUUGCGCGUUUGUAGGUGGAAGAGGUUGUGCAUGUCGAAGUUUAGCUUCGAUCCUUCAAUCGACAAACUGCUGAACUCCAAAUCGCACAGCAAUUCUACAUGGCCAACACGAUUUUCUACCGAUCUACCGGCAUCUUCAGACGAUUGUGGUUAUUGAAUCCCUCUUGUACAGCCAAGGUUAUUCAGGUAACUGAGUAAUUGGUUGCUUAAUACACACGAUUGAUUUUGCUGUCAUUCAGUCCGUGUUUCCGUGUUACAUAACGUAACACAUUUCGUAGAAGCUACGAGUUAUGCGUUGUUAUGUAUGAUGACAAAAACUUCUUGUAUCUCUUUAUAUCUCUUGGGUAAGAUUUGAAUUACAGUAGUGAAUUAGGGGAGCAACUUCAGACGAGUGAUUUUAUGCUUUCAACCGGAAAAACUUUAACCCAAUAUAUCAGAGUAAUGAAGGAUUUUCAUCAAAUCAAUAACAAUAAGCAGGGCGUAACACAUCGAUCGAAAUCGAUCAUCGGAAAGCUAAUCGAUAAAUCGAUACUACUCGAUAUUACUCGAUAAUAAUCAAUCGAUUAAGCAAAUUAAUCGAUCAAAAUCGAUAAUCACACAAGUUUGAGCAUUUGGUAUCGAUUUCUAUCGAUUUCGUGAAAUUUUCGAAGAUUCCACGAGAAAACAACCGCUCAUAAUCUGCCCCGAGUAAGCCAAUUUGAUCGAAACAAUAGUGUUGAAUAUAUUUACUACAAAGCAAGACUGGCUUAGUGCACCCUGUAUUAACUCUGAUUAACCAUCGCUUUCAUCCGCUUUCAUACCUAACACCGGCUAUUAAACAACGCCGAACAACGGCAACUCUCAGGCGUCAAACUAGCAAACCUCAGCAAACGCAUUUUGUCAGCAGCCAUCAUUUUCGGUUUGAGAUUAAAUUCUUUGACCCACCGACCCAUUCAUUCAUUCUUCGUUUCGAUACCCGCGAGAAGAAUAUAUAUGUUCAUGUCUUACAGUGUUUCGCAGCGUCAAAAAGGUUAGGAGAGACAAAUAAAAGAUUGUUCAAACAAACUUCAUUAAAAUGGAAUCUUUUAGCGGGAAACCGGUUGUUUCGCUUAGUAGUUGUUUCGCUAACGAACGUCUUAGGUUAGUUCGCUAACGUAUAUUCUUCGUUCUAUAAGCGUGAACAGUACCUUUUCUUGCCCAAUAUUAUCGAUCGAAAUCGAUACUAAUCGAACGAGAUCGAUACUAAUCGAACGAAAUCGAUACUAAUCGAACGAAAUCGAUCAAAUCGAUAAUCACAAAGAAUCUGGCGAUCGAUUUUUAUAGAUUUCCGAUAUUAAUCAAUUGAUUAGUAUCGAUGUUUAUCGAUGUUUAUCGAUUUUGAUCGAGUAUCGGAAUUAUCGAUGUGUUACGCCCUGCAAUAAGUUGAUGUGUCAAAUUUAAAGCCUAGAUAGUUAAGUACGACAGUUGAUUCAGACAUGAAACAAAACAACUUGUAAGCCAAUAUGGGUAAUAGUUUCUUAUAAUUAAUGCAUUAUAUUUGCCGCAAUUGAAAUGUUGUGUCUGAAUCAAAUGCGGAACCAAAGUUGAAUGUUGACUGUCUAGUCGCAGAUUCCGCAAAGUCGUAUUUGAUUUAAAACUGUCAGAUUUAAUUGAUUCAGAUGUUGCAUCUCACAUGCAGUUAAUUCUUGAAUAGAACUUGGCAUUUGAAAUUUGACAUUUGUAUUGGGCUUUAAAUUGUCAAGCGAAGGUAGUUUAAUUAAAAUGUUUAUCGAAUAGUCUUCAAGUUCAUUGUCAAGUUCAAAGAUCUAGCAAGUGAGGUGAUUCAAGUGUUAAAGAACAAGGCACAAUGUAAAAAAGAAAAAAAAAGUUUAAAAUGUAAUAGUCUGUGACCUUGGAGUUGAAAGGAGACUCAUAGGUGAUGGGUUCCUGGCUGUUGUCAAGAAAAGUUGUGAAACAGGCCCUUCUACUGUCUUUUCAACUUUUGACAUGGAGCAGUCAGCAAAAAUCCUUUAACACUGCCAGAAAAAGGGUCUGGAAAUUAACAAACUUGCCAAGAUUAAAAAUAUAUGGCUGAAAACUAAUAAGGAUAAAGCUUAGCAAAGACACAAAUUUUUACAGACAUUUGUACCAUAGGGUGCAAGUUUGAGCCACCCACCUGAUAAAUGUCUGUAAAAUUUUCUAACUUUGUGAAGCAAUGUCUUUGUUUAUUUCAAACGUAUGACUUUUAAACUUUAAACUAUUAUUUGAAAUUUCCAUGGAUAUUUGCAAACUUAGCCUCAUCAAAUCUUGAAAAAAAAAAAAACAAACAAACAAACAAACAAAAACAGAACCUACCAUUCCCUAUACAAAGGUUUUACUUGACUUUUGGCAAAAGAUCAAUGUGGUGGUUUGUUACCUCAAUAGACUCCUGUGAGAUGCAUAGCUUGUGGCCUGGUACGUUAUGGAUACGGUUCCAGUGAUAAAUGGUCUAGAUACACAUCAUUCCAUCCCUCCCUUCAGAAUGGCAGGUUCCAGUCAACAGCACAGGUAUAGCAGAGCCCCGACAACAGCUAGUGCUAAUUACUGUGGAUCUGAAACAGGCUCUUUGCUGACUGACCCACAAGAAGAUGAUCUGAAUUACUACGGUCUAAACCCUUUUUUUCCUUUCAAAAAUCAGCUUGGGUUCAUUGAUUUUCACUUCCAAUGAUAUUGAUAGAGAAGGAUGAAGGAGACAACUACACUGUAUGCACUCUAUUAAAAAAAAAAAAAAACUCAGUCGAGGUCUUAAUCAUGGCCAGUUUGGUCCAAGUAAUGCAGUGGUAAUUACAGCUAUCAUCAAAUAUUGUUUGACAUCUCUCUGAAAUAUUCUUUUAUGACCUCUUCCUCUUAAUUUUUCUUUGUGGUUCUAUUUAGGGAUCAGAGGGCAGUGUUGAUGCAAUGGAAGAAAAAUUGUCGAGUGGAGGAACAUUGAUAGAUAGAGGCAUAAAAGUUUUACGAGUAAUUGCUGGACCAUUGGUGAAAAGAACUGUAAGUGUGAUGAUAUCUGUGUGACUCCAUGAAUCUUAUUCUACUUCUGAAAACAAUUUUUGUUGUUGUUAUAUGUAGUUUAUUCAAAGCGGACAGACGUCAAACAAUAAUUAUUAUUGUUGCUGUUGCAAAUGUCUAACUGUAGUAUAGAGCGGUUUUCACUUGACUGUCGUAAAACCAAAACCAAAGUAAAUACACUAGCCAACCAAAGGGCGUAGUAAAACCAAAACCAAAACCAAAACCAAUCCCUUUCGACACUCAAGUGAAAACCGCUCUAUGUUUGAGGCAUUGUUUUUAUGUUUUAUUUAUGUGUUCAUUGGCUUGUAUACAAGUCCAGUGAUUUGGUUACAAUCAGAUUACAAAUAGUUAUGGUGAGUACUGGGACUAGUACUCAUGUAGCGUCCACUCAUAGCUGCUUGUAACUGUAAACUUUAAUCAGCUGUCUACUUGCUAGUUUGCUUCUAAUCUGCGCAUAACUUGUAUUCAUUCCAUUCACAAAUUGCACGUGAAAGAGAACGAUUCGCUGAAAUAACAACAACGCGACUAUUACAAGAUGAUAUUGACCGAAUAAACCGAAAUUGCUGUAUACUUACAAGUUGUUGUGCCUUCUAAUGGCAAGGAAAACUUGUCCUAACGAAACAAUUACAGUACAACUCCAUAACAAACAUGUGCUUUGUGGGAAAGAGCGCCCGCGAUAUCUUAGUGCGCGGUCACCAAAGACCACACCAUAUAAGGUUCAUUUUCUGUCUCUUACAACUCAUCUUGUAAAAAAUAAUUAGUCCCAGUCCAGAAUCAGCGAGUCCCAGUUCAAAAUACAAUGAACCCUAAAUUGAAAAUGCUUGGGUCUUUAUGAAACCAGACAGUUCAUCUAAAGCAGACUCCAAAACUCUGUAUUACAGUUUACUGAAAUUGGAAUAUGGUCCUUGUAUUUGAAGCACAAAAGAGACUGAAAUAAAUAUAUGCAUCCUUAAACAACAGCCACAUUAAGUGCCACAAAAAUAGCACAAACAAGAUACAAAAACACUUUCAGAUUGUUAUCUUCAGAUCGAUUGAUUGAUCUUUGCAUCCUACAUGUAUGGGUUGCAUGCUAUGAAUUUUUUUGCUUCUUUGGAGAUUUUCAUCAGGGUUCGUAUGGGUCCUGGAAAACCUGGAAAGUCAUGGAAAUUUAAAAUUUCAAAAUCCAGGCCUGGAAAACCUGGAAAAUAUGUUUUGGUCCUUGAAAGUCCUGGAAAAUGAGACUUUUCCUAGGACAGUGAAUAAGUUUCUUUUCAUUUUCUUCCCUCACAUUUUCAAGUUUUUUUGUGGGCGACAGAUCGUGUACAAUCUUGAAAAAUCGUACCUGUUGUUAGUCCCAAAACCUAACAGUUCAGAGUGUGGGCUCUAGCUACCCCUGUGGUUUUACGGGCUCCCCAUGUUCGAAAAUUUUGUUGUUCGUAUCUGGAUGAGAAUGGUGCCGUUGUUUUGUUCUGUUUUAAAUCAAGUCAAAAAGUACUCAAAAGUGUUGUUUCUGGCCCUUGUGAUUAAGUUGAAUGAACAAUGCCUGGGAAGGGUGGCUUUCAAAGAAAACUGGACUUCUCACGUGAUAUAUAAAGACUGGAUAUUACAAGACUCAAGCUCUCAACACAAAGCACGUUGUCGCUUGUGCCAAAAAUCAUUGGACUGCUCAAACAUGGGGGAAUCCGCCCCAGAAGCAGUGCUGUCAUCUCUCCCGGAUAAUCCGGGAGACACCAGAUUUUGGACCGUAUCUCCCAGUCUCCAGGUUAGAGUAUGAAAUCCUCCCUGAUAAUCGCCGAAUUUUGCCAUUUCUUGUAGAGUCAACUUUCCGACAAUAAAAUUUCAAAUAUUUUGCGUUGUUUGAGUUAUUUUUAUACUGUUAACAUCGAGCGUUUCCUUGUGAUCUCCGGUAUGCCAUUAUACUAUAAGCAAUAAUGUGAUUGGUGGGAAGAAAACUGAUCAAGUCAAAUGUUGUGCAACAACAUCUUUUUCGCGCGUUUUGUGUCAUCGCAAAUUCGGGGCGAUCGGAGUCAACAGUAUCUUUUGCACAAAUGACGUCAUGUGCCAUUCGUUAUGACAUCGUCUAUCAUCCCUUUGCUAUCAAUUCUCAAUAUUUGAAGACGUGGGGGGGUCGACAGCCCUGCAGAAGUCACAGGAGAGGGAGUAAGCACACAGAAUUAGCAGCAUUAAUAACUGAGCGGUCAGUGCCAAUUACCCAGUUUAUGUCUUCAAAGGCAGCAUCUUCAUCUAGCUCUGACAAACCUGGUCCUUUGAUGUCUUGUGGCUUACAUUCAAGCCCUUCAGUACGUGAUGCAAGUGCUGAAACACUAAGCUCAUCUGCUUCUCUUAAACAAACGGUCGAAAAACAGUCGAAAACCGGUCAGUAAGUAGCACAGUCAAAACGUCGUCAGAGUUCCUCAAAACGAAAACUUGAAGAAGCUUCUAAAAUCGACAGCGAAAUAGACCAGAAGCUGCAGACUCUUGCAGAAACGCAGCAAAAAUGCUACAUAGUUUGUUGGUUUAAUUGUUUGGAUUGUUUCACUUUUCCUGGCUAUUACUGGUCCUGGAUUUUUGUAAAUAUGGUCCUUGAAAGUCCUGGAAAAGUCCUGGAAUUUUGAUGGACCAUUGGUGUACGAACCCUGUUUCAUGCAUUAGGGUUGCAGGAAGCAGGGGUACCAAAAUCACUGCAAGUCACUGAUUUUAGGACUAACUUUAAGAACCAAGUGGUUUUUGAGUUCACUUCUUGUAUAUUUCCUACCAGGUUUUAGUAGGCAGUGCAAGAACCAUGUAUGAGUGUUGUGUUGAAGGAAUGAAGUUUGAAGAAUUCUUUGACGGUGAGGUUGCUCAUACUAUUGCUGGCAUGAUGCAUGUGUACUUUAUUCCUUUACAACAUAACCUUCUAACUGCUGGGGUAGUGCAAUUGAAUAAGCACCAAUCUGCUGUGCAAAAGGCCACCGGUUGAAACUCCUGCCAUACCAACACACCGGGUCCUUAUAUAACUGAGGAGAAAGUGCUGCCUUUAUAAUGAUAUCUGCAGACGGUUAAACUUUCUAGUCUUCUGGGAUAAAGACAAUAAACUGUAGGCCCCAUCUCACAACCUUUACACAUUAUACUGAGGGACAAGAAAGAACCCUCACACUGUUCGUAAAGAGUCGGGAACAUAGUCCCCAGUGUAGUGGUCUAUCACAAAUUUACACGUACAUGGGGUGGGGGGGAUCAUUACCCAUUACUUCAUUACUUGUAAACUGCAUGACAUGCCGUCUGACAUAAGUCCCCCAGCCAGUGUUGUAAAUUAUUCUUCUACAGCCUUGGGGGGAAUGGAUAGCAAGGUAAUUGCAAUUUACAAUAACACUCUGCUAUCAUGGCGUGAACUUUAUUACUGCAGGUUUUGUUUUUAUUCACAAGAGAUAUAAUGAAUAGUCAUACAUUUUAUUAACAUUAUGCUAGGCAGACUUAGUGUCAGAAGAGAAGAGUUUAACCUCCCUUAAAAAUGUUCCCGCGUUGUUUGUCUCUUCCUACUGAAAAGUAUUUUAACCCUUUAAGUCCCAAUAUCAACAUGCAAAUUCUCCAAACUGAUCUCCAUACAUUUCCUUUAAGAAUUAGUUGAGAGAAUUUAAUGUAAGAUCAAAGCAUUUUCUCUUUGGUAAUCUUUGUUAAUUCUCAUAACCUUAUCUCUUGACAAUGUAUGGAUAUUGUUAGGAGAAAAUUGAUGUUGGUCACUAUUGGGACUUAAAGAGUUAAUAGGGUCAUUUACAGAAUUGUAUGAUACAUCCGGAUACCAGAUAACUUUACUCCACAGGAACGAUUCAUGAUUAUUGUGGCUGAUUGUUUAAUAUGACAGAAAUAAAUAUUUUACAGGCAUAAAGUAAUAAGAUAGUAUUGGUCUUAAUUAAAUUGUAUGUGGGUUCUUAUGGUCAACAUAAAGAUGUUUACAUGUAUGAUGUUGAUUAUAGUGAUGACAUUUGUGAUGAUGAUGGCGAUGAAAAUGUUCAAAAUUUUAAAUUACACUAAUUAAGUUUUAGAUGCUGUUGUAAUCUUGAAAACGUGAGCAUGUAUUUGUAACCAUUAUUUUUUGUGUAUAACUGUUUAUGCUUUGUUCCAUAGAUUGUGAAUUGCCAGAUACAUUCCAGUCAUGGUUUAUCAUCCUUCAUCUUCACAUAUGGUAAGUUAGUCUUCCAUUUUACAGGUUAUACUGUAAUAAUCAACUCCUAAGGGCUCAAAACAAGUACCAUCCAGUAAUGUGGGACAAGUGGAUGUUUUAAGCUUACACAAAUGUACUUGCCCAAUGAGCAAGGGUACAUGUACAGACAAGUCAUCCUCUUGCUAACAAAAUCAUUAAAAAAGAGGAGCAAAAAAGUGGUCCAGGCAAGGAAAAUGUGAGGGCUGCUAACCCAAAGGUCAAGCUGCAAUUCAAGUUUCUUUUUCUAGCCCUGCUAUUGAAUCACAUCAUAAAACACUUUUGCUCUUUUUUUUGUCUUGUUGUGUGAUUUUUUUCCUGCUUGUCUUGAAGGAUGUGCUUGGUGCGGCUGAAGGCUGAAGGCAAGGAUGGUCGCUACAUGUACAGAAAACUUGUUGAAAUGAUGUGGCAUGAUGUCGAGGAAAGGAUGAAGAAUCUUGGGGUAUGGAUGAAAUGAAGCCAGCUUCAGCAAGCUCUCUAGCUCUUGCCGUGCCUCUAAGCCCCUGAGAGGUUCUAGAGAGUUUGUUCGCUGUCUUGACGGAAAGUUCUGACUACUCUUUAUGAACUAGUAAUAUGCCUGUGUCACAGAAACUUGCAAAGCUCAGGGGAGGGUGGUCCAUAAAAUACCAGGAAUGGAAGGGCGGCAAAGAACUGGAGUCAGGCGUAACUGAGAUAUAAUCCAUCUCCUUGUGGUUGGAGCAAAUUAAAACCCAGUUUUCUGGUUUUAAAAAGGAGUAAAUAAAAAUGCUUAUUUCUGUUGAGUCAAAUAUUGAAAAAAGUCCACUCCUUUUGUUCUUUUAUCAUUCAUUCUUUUAAUCUACAUGUAAAUGUUUUUUAUCUGUAGUGAUGACAACUGGCAUGAUCUCGGGUCUUAGGCCAUGCCCAUUAAGUAAAUCUAAGAGAGAAUAACUGGACAGAGAAGAAAAUUCCCAGUGUAACCCUUGCGAUACUGUAUAUGAGUUUCACUAAGUUAUUCUUAGACCAAUAAUAUUAUUACAGCGUAAAUGCUUGAAAUAAUCAGAAGUCGCUUUCUGGAUAGCCCUGCAAACUUUUAUUCAGUGUUGUCAAGAAAUAAUUCAAUAGUGGCCAUUACAAUGUUCUGCAUUGUUUGCUUUGAGGUAGUCCCACGUGGACUUGAUGACGUUUCAAACAAUCGGUUAAAAUGUGCCAACGUCUCAGGAGUUUGACUUUCAUUUAAUAAAUGUUCAAUCUCUCAAAAUAACUUUUUUAGUGAAAUUCAUAUAUCCCGGCUAAUGCUCUAAGAUUAGUGCCUCUUUGUCUCAUUUUUCUUUCUUGGCGGUUUUGUUGCCCAUUGUGGAAACGAAACUCGCUGUUGACUGGUGGCCCAAACCAGUUUCUACGUUGGUAACAGGUUGGGUUUUUUUAUAUAAACAAGUAUCUUUCUUCUUCUCUUGCAGAAAAUUGAUAGUGUUGCUGUAAGAGAUAAUUUACGAGUGUUGACCAAACAGUUUUAUGGACUGACAAUAGCAUUUGAUGAGGUAAGAUGCCAAAUAAUUGCGUAAUUUAAGUCCAGAAAAUGUACUUUCCAAGUAUAAGACAUCAUAUGUAAUGUAAAACAAGUGAAACUGUUUCUUAGCAUACACAAUAGUACAUUGUGAGGGGGUUGGGGGGCGGGAAAGGGUAGGGGUCCAAAUCUCCCGCCUCCCAUGCCUUGCAUUCUCAGUUUCCGCCUCGUUUUCUUUACCCUGGGUACCAGAGGUUUUUCUCGCCUGCGGCGGGAAUUUUCGAUGUUGGCCGAAGGCCGACACAUCUUCGGCUGUAGGCCGAAGCCGCGAGAAAAACUUUUCGCGCGGGUCACUAUAAAGACUUGACAGAAACCGGAAACCGCGCUAGAAAAGUCUCUGGCACCCAGGGUACGUUUUCUUGGCUUCCUCCCUUUCACCCUUUUAUUAAGCAAUGUUGCGUAAUAGGCCAUUUCCGAGUUGCUCCAAGGCAGGCUUAACGCGAAGCCAUUGAUAUCAAAAUGAUUUUUUUUUAUUCUCGUGCAUGUGAAACUGAUGAUCGCAAGAAAGAUUUUGCACUCGUUUUGAAGGCGAGGGUUUUUUGAACUUGGAAGUGGCCUGUUUCCCCUAACUUCUUCCGCUUUCUGCCGUUUAAGAAUUCCCCCUGUUCCGCUCUUUCCUCUCUCAAGAAUGGGUUGGAAUAGUUAUUAAUACCAUAAUUACUUUUUCAGGGACUUUUGUGUGAUGAUAACGUCCUAGCUGCAGCAUUAUGGAGGUACAAUACGGCGUUCCUGUAUUAAAUAAACGUGCAACAUUCAAUAUAUAAUUCCUUCUCCCUAAAUAUCCAUCCUUAGGGUGUUUGGACCACGACGGCAGUGAAGACUUCACUGACAAAGUGUAAUCGCGGUAUUAAUUGCAGACGCAAUCGUGAUGUUUUUAACUCGCUAGAUUUGUUGUCAAGUGUUGACGAGUUUUCUUUGUUUAUUCAUGUCUUCCAAGAGACCGUCACAAACAGUGCGACGCUUGUUUAGAGUUGUUGUUUUGCUUUUUGUAUUUUGUUUGCUGUCGUCGUCGCCGUCUUUGCGUAAACUCCUCAUUGUCAAGAAUAGCCUGCAAGCAAACUCUUUAUCUGAGUGGCGAGCAAAGCGUUCCGCAAGAGAAUGCACAAGCGAGCGACGGAGCCGCGAGGGGCAGGGAAGAAGGAGAGAGCUGUCUUUCUUUCCCGCUCUCGCGUCUACUUGCGCGUAUCGUUUUGUAGCAUCACUUAUUUUACCUCGCCCGUUGAUUUGUUUUUACUCACUUUUUCGGCUCGCCUUGUGUAUCUUUCUGAUAGUUUUAGAACAGGCCGCGGUCGCGGCAGAUAACACUGUCCUCGAUCUGAAUAAUUCUUCAUACUUGUGUUUCUUACGAACGAAGGGAAUCCAGUAAUUGAUAAUUCCUCUUACUAAUUGUUAUUAUUUUUUGUUUUAGGAAUUUCUUUCAUAACAAAAAACAAACCGAUGCUGAAGUACUGGCUCGAAUGGUAGAAUACGUCAGAAAAAAUGUGCAGCAUUUGGAAACCUACAGCAGAGACCAUCUUCUGUUUCAAAGCGGAAAAUUUACCUGGCUACCUUUCAAUGAAAUACAUGAAGACCAGGAGGAGGAGAAAGAACAAAGAUGUUGACAGAAACGUUAGAACUUUACUCAAGAACGUUGUGACUCAAGAAUUAUUUUUCAAACGUUGAAAAGCUUAUUUAAAGCCUUCAGUAAUACAGCUGUAAUAUAGCUCUUUCACUUUUUGACGGAUAGGAUGUCGGUAAGAACUCAUUGUAUAGAUUCAAAUUUCAGUGACAGGAAAAAAAAAAUCUGAAUUUUGAAGCCCAAAGUUUUGAUCCCGUGCUCAGCGUUCUCCGUUUCCAGAAUCAAUAAUUCGCUACAUUCUGACGGGAUGCACUUUAUGCACUUUUUAUUUGAGUGUCAAUGUAUUUAGCACGAAAGUACUAAUUGGGGACACUAUAUUUUACGUCUCCAACUGGACACGGGACCGCCAUUUUACGUGGUCAUGCGAGCCUCGCGAAGGUCUAGCCUGUUGCAGUGCAAAGGGAGUACCCUCAUUUCUCGGUUAUUUUAAGACCCUGAGUAUUGGUCCGGCCCCAGGAAUCGAACCCGCGACCUCCCGCUCUGCAGUCAACACGCUCUACCGACUGAGCUAACACUUCCGCGGAUAUUAAUUUAUUUCAUCCUUAGAUGAGUACGAUCCUCCUCAGGAAUCAGAAUUAGGAAAAUUUCUGUUUGCGUCUUGAAAAAGCCGAAAAGGAGUUCCAUUGUCAAUGACGGAAAUGACAAGGAGGAAUUCAGUUUCUGUCGAAUGGAAAGUGACCCGAGUCAAUUUUGUUUUGAUGGUAGAUCCAGGACCGAGGACCUAAAAACGUUUAUGGUGGUCACUUUUAACCUGUGAUUCCGUUGAAAAAGUUGUUUACUUUCGUACGGACACAGUUAAACAACUUUGCAUUUUGAUGAGAUAAUCGAUCUUCUUCCGUACGAUUUUGAAUCGAGGCUCAAUUCGGUCCUGAGGCCCGUUUCUUGAAAUCCCCAAUAACUUUUCGGGCCCAAAAACCUGUUUUAUGUUUGUCGUGUUUGCAUUCAAGAUCAAUAAUUUUGAAAAUGAUACAAUGAAACUAUC